GGAGGUGGGGGGAGCGGAGGGAGGUGUUUCUGUCAGUUCCGGCUGUUUGUUCGGGAAGUGGAUCCGCCGCUGCCGGAGCAGCCGGGAGGGAGCUGCGGAUCGCGAGGCCAGUACCGACCCCGCCCGCCCGCGCGCGCGCGCCGCCCCCGCCCGCCAUGGCCCGGGACUACGACCACCUCUUCAAGCUGCUCAUCAUCGGCGACAGCGGUGUGGGCAAGAGCAGCUUGCUGUUACGGUUUGCAGACAACACCUUCUCAGGCAGCUACAUCACCACAAUUGGAGUGGAUUUCAAGAUUCGGACUGUGGAGAUCAGCGGGGAGAAGGUGAAGCUGCAGAUCUGGGACACGGCCGGGCAGGAGCGCUUCCGGACCAUCACCUCCACGUAUUAUCGGGGGACCCACGGGGUCAUUGUGGUUUACGAUGUCACUAGUGCUGAGUCCUUCGUCAAUGUCAAGCGAUGGCUUCAUGAAAUCAACCAGAAUUGUGACGAUGUGUGCCGGAUAUUAGUGGGCAAUAAGAAUGACGACCCUGAGCGGAAGGUGGUAGAGACAGAAGAUGCCUACAAAUUUGCUGGACAGAUGGGGAUCCAGCUCUUUGAGACCAGUGCCAAGGAGAACGUCAAUGUGGAAGAGAUGUUCAACUGUAUCACAGAGCUGGUUCUACGAGCAAAGAAAGACAACUUGGCGAAACAGCAGCAGCAACAACAGAACGAUGUGGUGAAGCUCACCAAAAACAGUAAACGAAAGAAACGCUGCUGCUAAUGCCCCAGCCCACUGCAGAGACUGCACUGCAGAGACUGCACUGCAGAGACUGCACUGCAGAGACUGCACUGCAGAGACUGCACUGCAUCCUCCCCAGCCUGAGGCCUGGAGGCGCUCGCUCGGGGACAGUCUCAGUUCAGUGCCGUUAUUUAAAGAAUUCUCUCCACGUUUUUUGUAUCGGGAGGCGCCAUCGGCACUUCCUCCCCUUUUCCCCUUGAGUGCCAAGAAGGUGUUGGACGAGCCCGCCCUUCCCCACGGUGCCCUUUUCCCUGCCGAGGCGCCUGGACCUGGUGAGGACGCUGCCAGCUGAGUGGACUGAUUAACCAGUUUGUACAUAGUGUAUAUUGCAUUAACCAGCUGCACACCCUCAGCCUGCUCUGGCUUUUGGCUCCUUCCUGCCAACCUGCUGCAACAGACCCUCCCAAGCCCUCCAGUCACAUCUAUCUCAUCGGCAGCUCCUGAGGAGCCAACCUCGUGCCCUAGCUGAGUCUUUGGCCAUCCCUGGGCCAUGGAGUGCACUCCACAUGGCUCCUACCCUACAAGCUGCUCUGGGAGCUGGGGAACUCGGCCUCCACACAGGCCCUGCCCUCUGCUGGCCCUAGGCCUUACAGAGGAACUCAGUCCUGCCCUUUUGGACAACAGGUGUCUCAUUCUGCCUUCUAGAUGCCUCUGCUACAAACCCAGGGGAGCCAUGGCUUCUCACUUACCCAACAUGUUUCAGUUCCUGCAGAAAGGUAGUGGUAUAUCUGUAAAGAGAUGGAGCUUGCAAGGGGAAGCGAUAUUUUAACAAAUACAACCAAUGAAGCCAAAUCAAACAAACUAAGUUCUUCACAGUUAUUUCCUUGAGAUCUGAUUGGCUCAACAGCAAAAGUCGUGACUGUCCCACUUUGGGCUCGUAUUUCUAGAAAAGAUGUAUGGCUUCUGUUCAGUGCAGGGCUAGGCUCUCUCCCUUCCGUGGGAAAGGAAGCCUCUGCACCCUCAUACCUGUGCGCGAGGGCCUCCCGCUGGAGAUAGUUUGUAAAGUGGCACCAGGCACCUGUGGCAAGCUGGGCUAUGACACCUCCAAGCUGGGACAGGCAGCUUUUGCAUUACUGACAGAUCUGUUUUUAGUAUGAAGGUGGUAGGAAGAUUUCUUAGCCACUGGGAAGAAGUGGCAGUGGGGUGGGGCAGCCAGUAUUCACCUACCCACCCACCCGGGUAAUCUGCAUUUGAUUACUUUCUCCUUCUUCCUUCCCCCCCCCCCCCCCACUUGGUUCCCCUUUCCCCUAAAGGAUCACGUAACUCGGAAAAACUGAUUUGGACACCAUAAUGUGUUUUAGAUUUUCUUUCCUAGGCGAUUUCCAGGCACAGUCCUGACUGGACAAUCAUCACAGAAUACUGCAGAUUUUCCAUGUUAACACUGUGGAUGGGUUUUCAAUCAAUAAAACUGGGGCUUUAUUCUCACCUGUCUCUCCGCUUGUCCGAAUUGUCAAAAGCUGGGGUUGUGUGUGACAGGCCUGUCAUUCUGAGCAUCAGGCUGGGUUUGGAGCUGUGGACGACACUUCAGGGUCAAGCAUUAGGCGACUCCAUAUGGCCCAGGUGAGCUGGGAGUUAAAGCAGAGGCUGUUUUUAGCCUGCCUUGGCUGACCAAGCGCCUGUUGUUCCUGGGCAGGUGACAUGCUUCUGAACACGUGGGAAACCUGUAUGGGAGUGCUUGCCAAUUCAAGCAAUAAGAGGGUGGUCGUGGAGCAUCCAGCCCAGGUUGGACGCCUCUGUGGCUUCUGACCCCUGCUUAACAGCCCAGGUGGUGGGUGGUUUUGGUGACAACAGUGUGCCUGUCCUGCAGUGUUACAUGCAUGAGUGGGGUGGGGGUGGGGGGGGACUCAGGGCUGAACUGGUGUCCUGGUGGACCUGACGUGAAACUCCUGUCAAACAACAAACUUUUAAAUGGUUUGCUAGGAUUAUUUCUGUAUUGAAAGUUUCUAAUUAUGCUUUUUAAAAAAAAUACUAAAAAUAAAGGUUCGAGCUGCCAAAUUUC